UUUACUUAAGAAGUGUAUAAUGUUAUUUCUUGUGUAAAUAAAAAUAAAUAUUAAACAUGUUUAUUUAAUUUAAGCUCUUUAAACAUUGUCUUAAUAGUGGCCAAUAAAAUGGAUGAAAUUAAACAAAAAAUCUUGGGGCUUAUAAAUAAACAGCCCCCUAAGAUACCGUCAAUGGGAUUUGAUGAUACAAAUUAUCAUUUUUCGCAAGUCCCAACUUUAUCGAUAAACAGCAAAACAGUAACCGAUGUCAACAGGCCUGCCGAUCAAGACAUAUUGGAAAGUAUCGAGGCGGCAUAUUUUUCCAUGAAAGAAGAAUUUGAUAUAUGCAGAUUCGAGUUAGAGAAAUUGCCAGAAGUCUUAGAUUGCGAUCAGAUCCAAAGAGACUUCAAAAAUUUAAAACAGCAACACCAAGUUGUGUCUAAGAAAGUGCUGCAGUUAAUUUUGGAACACCAAAAUGGUUGCAAUUCUGAAUUUGAGAAGAUUGCGGAAAUUUUAGAACAAGUUAAAAAUACCCUUGAGUUGUGUAGGUCCAGCAGGAAAGAGUUGAAAGUUGCCGGGAAACAGUUCAGUGCCAGUUUAGGGAUAUUAGCUAAUUACAGGAAGAGAAAACUGGCCCAAAAUCUGUUGAAUAAUUUAAAUAUGAUUAAAAAUUUACAUAGUUUUGAUAAGAGAUGCCACCAGUUGUUGAACGAUGAAGACUACGCGGGUGCUAUUAUGGAAUUGAAGAGGUGCCAGAAAACUGCCAUUAAGUACAGACAUUUUAGUUGUGUAGCGGCCUUAACAUAUAAACUACAGGAAACUUUAGAAAACACAGACUCUCAACUAGACAGAAUUUUGUCACAGAUGUGUUAUCAUUUUGAUGGCGAGAGGUACUGCAAGUUGCAGAAGGCCUACAAUCUCUUGGAGAAAUCUCAGGUGUCGAUGAUCGACAAUUUACACGUUCAUUAUAUAACGGCUAUCUAUAAUUCGUCUUUUAACGUUGUACAUUCUUACGUGACGUCGGCAGAAAUACUGGAUUCGACGGAAAACAGUGGCAAAAAUCCAUACAAAACACUCUGCCAGUCGAUAGCUCAAGACGUUUUCAUACCAUGUCUGGUGCACAUUUGUAAGGUGUUGUUUAAAAUCGUAAUGAGUUACCAUAAAUUGGUGAGGUGGCAUAAUAAUUGCGAGACGGAUCCUCAGAACGAAUCGUCUAAUCUUGAUGUUGAAAAUACGAUGAGCAGGCAGAAGUUGGAGCAUUAUUUGUUAAAAAUAUGGGACGACGUGCAAAGGAAAGUGUCUAGUUUGUUAUUAAAUGCCGAUUUGGCCAGCUACAAAUUCGAUCAGUUCGUGCAGGUGCUCCGAGUGGUUCACAGGUUGAUUCAAGUGGGGGAGGAAUUUUGUUCAAGCAAAUCCGAAGACCUACAGGAAUCCAUAAGAAAACAAAGCGUAAACUAUUUCAAAAACUAUCACGCCCAAAGAAUGGACGAGCUUAAGAUAUUUUUAGAGAACGAAAUGUGGGAAAUUUGCCCGGUCAAGCCCUCCUUUGAUAUUCUGCAGUUGCAAGAAUUCAAACCGUUCCGUUCGUCCCUAAAGAAUUUCAAACUAAACCCGCAAGUCAGCCCCACCCUACCGAAUUACUCCACGAACUCCACCGAAUGUUGUUCCUCGAGUCACUCCCAGGACGGCAGCAGCAUCAUCGGUAAUUACUUUAUUCGCUACGCUGAACAUGGCACGCCUUUCGACAGCGGUCUGGACGAUACUGUCAUCGAGGAGGAUAUUUUGGCGUCGGAAAACGAAGCCUCGGGCUAUUUUUCCGAGGACAGCGAGGAAGAAUCGGAAGAACUUAGGAAGGAUUAUGUGGACGAGUACGCCGACGACACAAAUAACUCAAACAAAUCCUUCAUCAAUAAAGACAAGAAAGAGAAGCACCAUCACAAGGCUCCUAUUCUAACGAACACCACGUUAUCCAUUUUGAGACAGAUCGGGAAGUAUAUUCAGAUGUCUAGGCUUCUCAAGCCCAUAGCCUACCAGAUAAUAUCGUGUAUGAAUCAGUUGUUCGAUUAUUAUCUCUACUCGGUUCAUUUGUUUUUUGCACAAGACUUGACCGUCUCUAGUAGCUCUCUUUACACGAAAGAGUUGAACAUUACUCUUAAGAAAAUAUCCGACAAUUUAAUUUUGGAGAGCAUUCCUCAAGAAGAAAUGGAUAUUGUCCAUGACGGGAAGAUAUUGAAACCCACUUUGUCCUCUAUGGUGGAUUUGCAGAAACCGGAAAAAUUGCACGGUUUAGCGGAGAGGAUAGUAGGAAUGGAGAGUCUGAUAUUUUUGUCCAAGCAGUACGAAUUUUUGCAGGAGUAUUUGGAAUAUCUGGUUCCGCAAACCAACAAAAUAAUGCUGCAGCAAUUUUUUGUACAGAAUAUCGCCAGUGCAAUUGGAAUGAGGUACCCAGUAUACAUGUCGGUCGUUGCACAGGCUUUCGAUCUGAGACAGAUUUUAAUUUCAAUGUUAAAGAUAAAUUGGGAAGUAAAAGAUGUUAUGUCUCAACACAACUCCUACAUUGACAUUAUUUUGAGGGAAGUGCAAAUUUUUACUCUACGCUUGGAGGAAGUUUCGACUAAGGUUCCAAUUUCUCAAGAAGUUCAUAAGAACUUGUGGGAGAACAUUGCACAUAUUAUAACUCAUACUCUUGUUCAGGGAUUUUCUGAAGCAAAGAAAUGCUCAAAUGGAGGAAGAGCUCUCAUGCAAUUAGAUUUUACUCAGUUUUUGUCCAAGUUUGAAAAAAUCUCGUCUUUGAAACCUGUGCCACAUAAGGAAUACGUUGAAAACUAUGUAAAGGCCUACUAUCUGCCAGAAGCAGAAUUAGAAAAGUGGAUCAGGGAGCACAAAGAAUAUUCAUCGAAACACCUGUUCGGUUUGGUCAGUUGUGCUUGUCAAAACAAUAAAAAAACUAAACAAAGGCUGCUGCAAGUGAUCGAAGACAUGGAAAAAACGCAGUUUGGGAGAUAGCAGGACUAUCAAAACCAGCAGUAGGUGUGUUUAUUGAUUUUAAAAAUCUAUAAUGUUAUGUGAUAUUGUUCUAACAUAUUUAAAUUAUGCAAUUAAGUUUAACUAUAUGAAUAUAUUUAUUCAGACAGCAGGCAAAAAAUACGUAUUUUCCACGAGCAACUUACACGGAACAUUAGUUAAUUGUAAGAAAAUAAACACUUAUUCAUCUAAUAAUACUUAAAAAACAUAUGUUAAACACUGACUCACUGAUUUUAUUAGGGUUUAUAUAUUGUAAUGUUAGAAAUCAUUUCGUCACACAUAUUUUGUAUCUAUUUUGUAUAGCAAUUUUGUUAAAUAUAUUAAUUUAUUAAAGAGACUU